AUGGAUGACGAAAUCCAUGUGAUCAUGAAGAAUCAGACAUGGCAUCUCGUUGACAAGCCACCCGACAAAAAAGUCAUUUGUGAAAAAUGGAUCUUCAAAGACAAGCAUCUUUUUAUCCGACACAAGAUAAAAGACAAAAAAUUCAACUUGAGUUAUGUCGAUGAAGAACAGACAUCUGACAUUUUUCGCAAAAGUACUUCCAAGAUAACGUUCUCUUACAAUAGUAAUAGUUCAGCCUCCAGUCUAAAGAUGAUGCAAUUACCAAAUGAGAUUCUAGAGGAGAUUUUUUGUCGGUUGUCAGUUAGGGAUCUGAUCCGUUUCAGAUGUGUAUCUAAAUCAUGGUUUGCCCUAAUCAGUAGUCCGUAUUUUAUCAAAUUGCAUAUGGAACGAUCGGAUCAAACCAAGAGAAACCAUAGUCUCUACCUUCCGAAUGACAUUCACUGUCGGGAGGUUUUUGAUUUCCUAAAACCGGUGAAGGUUGAUUAUGUUCCAUUGAAGUUUCGGAACUAUGGACUUCAGCCUAGUGGUUCCUGUAAUGGCUUGCUUUGCAUGUCAAAGAUGAAUGACAUUGACAAUGUUUUUUUAUGGAAUCCAUCAACAAAAAAGUAUAUAAAACUGCCUUAUGAACCUGUUGAUCUACCCUAUAGAAUUGACUUAUUUAUUUGGACGUGUGAUUAUCGAAUUGUUUAUGAUAGCACUAAUGAAGAUUACAAGGUGGUGAGAUUUGGGGUGCUCCAACUUGGACGACGCGCCAUCGACGUCAUCGACUAUGAGGUUAAGGUUUAUAGUUUGAGAUUAAAUUUGUGGCAUAGACUAGAGAAGUUUGAUCACUAUCCGAAUUGGAAGAGCAUUGGAGAUUCCAUAGCUGGUGGAGCUCUACACUGGAUCUCGAAAUGGAAAAAAGUGAUUGUUGCCUUUGAUAUUGUGACAGAGAGAUACAGAAUACUUCCACACCCAGAGUAUCACGGUUCUUAUGAUGAUUUAUAUUUGAAUAAUUUAGGAGGAUGUCUCUCCUUAAGUUGUCAUUACAAAUCAUCGAAUGUGGAUGUGUUUUUGCUGAAAGAAUAUGGCGGGAAGAAUGAACAUUGGUCGAAAUUAAUUACAUUGUCACCAAUAAUUUCUUUUGAGAUUUAUUACCCCGUGAAACCUAUUGCUUAUUCAUAUAGUGAUAAACAAGUAGUGAUUGCUUUGGGUGAUUCGAGGCUUAUUUUGUAUAAUUUAGAGCAGAAGUCGGUUGAGGAAACUAUGAUUCAUGGUGUGGUAGGAAGAUCAUUACUGGAGCUACACAUUUGCAUUGAAAGUCUCGUCUCUGUCGAUGUUCCUAUAUGUAACCAUCCUCGAGAUGCUUAA